GGGAGGCCGCUGCGGGCCGGGCCGCGGGAGGCCCGUCGGGCCGCGGGGACCCGGGGCCCACCGACACCCCGCCCGGGGCCGGGUCACAGACACGGUCACGCGUGGGUGUCCCCUGCCCGCCCACUGAAACCCCCAGCGGGGUGGGCGGUCCUUCUAAUACACGGUGUGUGAUGGCGGAGCCGCACGGAGCGAAAUGCUCUUACGUGCCCUGUCAAAGGGAGAAAAAUCCUUCCUCAGAAAGGGUCGUUUUCUUUCUCUUGUCAGACAGCUAAGGCAGCAUUUCGGAAAAUUUAAACAAGGAAUGAAGGAGAAUGAAGGUCAAACCAUGUAUUUAGCCGAUGAGACUUACAAUUCUUUAAAAUAAGCUGUUAUUUUCAUUGCUGUGAUACUGUUAGAGGCCAGUAGCUGACAAAGAAUGACUACCUUUUGUGUGAUGAAACUUCUAUGUCAAGCAAUCAGAAAUGAGAAUAGAUACACAAAAAGGUUCAUUGGUACUCUUCUGACACAAACAUCACAAAAAAGGGUCUUUUCUCCAUUCUGGAUGAUGGUACCUGACCCUAGAAAGUCAUCUGUGUUUGGACUUACUCAGCCAUUUUGUACAGCUGAAAAAUCUCACAGGGAACUGAAAACGAAAGCAGCAUUUGGAAGUGUUGGGCGAAGAAUUCCCUAUCGGAUUUUGCACGUGAUCAACCAGGAUGGAGAGAGCUUAGGAAAUAUGCACCGAGCAGAGGCACUCAAACUUAUGGAUCAGCAUGACCUGAAACUAGUUCUCCUCCGUGAGAACGCAGAGCCUCCUGUAUACAGACUAAUGACGGGGCAGCAGAUUCAUGAAGAACAGCUUAGACGUGCAGAGAAAAAAAAAGCAAGUCCGAAAACAGGGAUGGUUCAGAAGGAGUUAUCCUUUUCUUCAGCUAUUGCCAAGAACGACCUAGAAACCAAGACUAAACAGAUAGCGCAGUGGAUUGAAAAGAAAUACCAUGUUAAAGUUACCAUCCGGCAAGCUAAAGAUAGCAAUAUGGACAUGUUUGUGCUUUUCGAUCAGAUUUUGGAGACUGUCUCUGAGAAAGCCACUUAUCUUUCCAAGCCGAAAGUUACUAGAGAAGGAGUGAGUACCUGUAUUUUGAGACACAAGUCUGACAAGGAGUUGAAAGCACAGAAGAUGGAAAAGGAGAAACACAGUACAGUAAAGAAAGAUGAAAAUGAAGAUCUGAAGUCAAGUGAGUUGCAUCAGUGACUUUAUGAAGAGGUGUAAACAACAUUAAUUUCUUAUUUAAAAAAAUAAUACUAUAAAUUUAAUAAAGUUAUUGUUGAACUUUGCACUGGUCA